AUGGCUGAAUGUUCUGAUUUGCCCAGAACAGAAACUUCUUCAUGCGAAAAUUCACACAAUGCCGAUGUUGGUGAAGAUUCUAUGAAAUCAAUUAGAAAUCAAAUUAUAAGUCUAUUACAACUAGACAGAAAUGAUAAUUAUGAAGAAAUUGUUAAUAAUAUAUUAGAGAAUGGUCGACAAUCAUUAGUCAACUAUCAGGAUGAUAUAAAACCCAAAAUAUAUAGAGAUGUAAUGAAUGGCAGUAAUGAUAAAUUGAUUAUCCUUUUAAAAAACUAUUUUCAACAGAAAUGGGAAAUAGAAUAUAGCAAUUCAAAUCCAUGGUUUAUUGCUUUUCUUAAACAAUAUGGUAAUGGAGAAAACCAUGAUAGGUAUGAACGUGUUUUAACUCGUACAGCUAAAUUUGGAAAUAAAUAUAUGAAAGAUUGUCCAGUAUUAUCUAUUGUGUUACAACUUCUUUUUCAAAUUAUUAAUGACAAAAGCUUGACAAUAAGCGAUAUUUUCAAUGAUCUGUGGUUUACAAUAACCAACGAUGGUUUAAAAUCAGUUACGCAACAUUCUACGUGUAUCCUUAAAGAUGUGUUGAAUGAACAAUUAAAAAUGAAUCAGCUGAUACUAUUCCAAGCAUUACGCGAAUAUUAUCGUCAAAAAGUGUUUUCAUUACUGAAAGAAAGCGAUAUUGUAUACGAGGAAAACUUGUAUAAUGUAUUACUAGACAAUGUUGCGAAACACGGUUGGUUGGCUGAUAUGAAACCAAUCGAAAAUAAUAUGACAUCUGAAUCUUACCAAAUACUAUUGGACAAACUUCAUUCUAAUCACCGGGAUCAAAAAGGAUCAAAGUACAGAAUACGACACAUUCGUUGUUUUACUCCAGCAACACCUAAACGACCAUCAGCUCCUACACAUCCCCGAAAUUCAGGUAAUCUGAUGUGA